CAAAAGAGAUGCUUUUCCUCUCCACUGCUUUUUGGUGCCGAUAAAUGUGUCACAGGAAACAGCCUCCAUACAAAGGAAAACCACGAUUUUUCAUGUGUGAUAGUGUAUCAAGUGCAAAAUUAAAUGGUGCAGACAAUGAAAGGAACCGAUCUCUAUGAUAACAUCAUCUUAAAAUAAGAACAGAAAGCUGUUAUUUUGCUCUAAGGUCUCAGUUUUCAGCUGUCAGCUGAGAAAUGGCAACGCAUCCUUUGCCACAGGUUAACUAGAAGUGUUGAUGCAGAAGAAUGAGCUUCUUUAGACAAGUCAGACUUCUACUUUGGAAGAACUGGAUCCUCCGGAAAAGACAAAAGCUUCGUUUUUUAGUGGAGCUUGUAUGGCCUCUGUCAUUAUUUUUUGCCCUUGUCUGGCUGAGGAAAGCUAAUCCACUGUAUCGCCAACAUGAAUGUCACUUCCCAAACAAGGCAAUGCCAUCAGCAGGAACGUUGCCAUGGUUACAUGGCAUCUUCUGUAACAUGAACAAUCCCUGUUUCCGCAGCCCAACCCCUGGAGAGGGUCCAGGUGUAGUGUCUAACUACAAAAAUUCCAUCCUUGCAAGGGUAUAUAAAGAUGCUCAGGAGCUCUUGCUGGAAGGCCCUGAAAUCCAUGACCUUGGCAGAAUCUGGGAAGAACUGAUCAUUAUGACUCAGUUUAUGGAAACAAUGAGAACUAAUCCUGAAAGAAUUGCAGGAAGAGGCAUACGAAUUACAGACAUUUUGAAAGAUGGGGAGACCCUCACUUCCUUCUUACUGGAAAAUGUUGGCCUCUCAGAUUUUGUUGUUUUCCAGCUUAUUAAUGCUCAAGUGCGCCCUGAACAGUUUGCCUAUGGUGUCCCUAACUUGACUCUGAAGGACAUUGCUUGCAGUGAGGUGCUCCUGGACCGCUUUAUUAUCUUCGGCAGCCGAAGAGGUCUCCCUUCUGUACGCAAGGCCAUGUGUGCUUUGUCCCAGGAAAGUCUACAGAGAGUAGAAGAUGCCUUGUAUGCAAAUGUUGAUUUCUUUAAGUUAUUUCAGCUGCUUCCCACUGUGUUGGACAGGAACUCACCAGGUGCUGACCUGAGGGCCUGGGGGAGGGUGCUGUCUAAUGUCUCCCACGCAGUGCAAAAGCUGGCUGGCAAGCAGAGUGUUCAGGACCUUUUGGUGGCCCUGCAGCCAUUGCUACAAGCCGGAAGGCCAGGAUCCCUAGGCCAGUUGGUGAGUUCCCUGUCGGAUCUUUUCUGUGGCUACCCAGAAGGAGGUGGAUCCAGAGUACUUUCCUUCAACUGGUAUGAAGAUAACAACUACAAAGCUUUCCUGGGGAUUGACUCAUCAAGGAAGAAAUCCAGUUAUCUUUAUGAUAAUACAACCACACCCUUUUGUAAUGCAUUGAUCCAGAACUUGGAAUCAAACCCUUUAACCAAAAUAGCCUGGAGUGCUGUGAAGCCCCUGCUGAUGGGAAAAAUUCUGUUUGCUCCUGAUUCACCUUCUGUACGGCAAAUCCUAAAAAAUGCAAAUACCACUUUUGAGGAGCUGGAACGCAUCAGACUGUUGACCAAAGCUUGGGAAGAAAUAGGACCUCAACUGUGGCACUUCUUUCAAAACAGCCUGCAAAUGAACAUGAUCCGUGACUCUCUGAAGCACCCUACAGUGAGGAACUUCUUGAACAACCAGCUGGGUUCUGAAGGCUUAACUGCUGAACACAUAAUCAACUUUCUCCACAAUGGAUCUCCCAGGAGCCGGGAGAAGGGAAUGCCGGACUUUGACUGGCGGAACAUCUUCAGUGCUGCAGACCAACUUCUGCAUUUGCUCAGUCAGUAUUUGGAGUGCUUGACCUUGGAUAAAUUUGAAGGUUAUAGUGAUGAAACUCAACUGACUCAUCAAGCCCUUUAUCUGCUGGAGGAAAACAAAUUCUGGGCUGGUGUGAUUUUUCCAGACCUAGGACCUACAACCAGCAAUCUCCCACCACAUGUGACAUACAAGAUCCGGAUGGACAUAGAUGCAGUGGAGAAAACAAACAAAAUCAAAGACAGGUACUGGGAUCCUGGUCCAAGAGCUGAUCCUGUGGAUGAUUUACGUUAUAUCUGGGGAGGUUUUGCAUAUCUCCAAGACAUGAUUGAACAUGGGAUUAUAAAGACUCAGACCACUACUGAAGUGCCAUUGGGAAUUUAUCUGCAGCAAAUGCCAUAUCCAUGUUUUGUGGAUGAUGUCUUCAUGAUCACCCUGAACCGAGCCUUCCCCAUCUUCAUGGUGCUCGCUUGGAUAUAUUCGGUGUCCAUGACUGUGAAGGGCAUAGUGCUGGAGAAGGAGAUGCGUCUGAAGGAGGCCAUGAAGAACAGGGGUGUAACUAAUGGGGUGAUUUGGUGCACUUGGUUCCUGGACAGCUUUCUCAUGAUGGCUGUGAGCACACUCCUCCUCACAGUACUGAUUAUGAGUGGACGAAUACUACAUUAUAGCAAUCCACUUCUCUUCUUUCUAUUCCUACUGACAUUCACCACAGCCACCAUAAUGCAGUGUUUCUUGUUCAGCACCUUCUUCUCCAAAGCGAAUCUGGCAGCUGCCUGCAGUGGAGUCAUCUACUUCACCUUGUACCUGCCCCACAUCAUCUGCUUUGUCUGGCAGGACCGUGUGACUGUCAAUCUGAAGAUCCUAGCAAGUUUGCUUUCUCAAGUAGCUUUUGGUUUCGGUACAGAGUACUUGUCACGCUAUGAAGAACAAGGUCUUGGCCUACAGUGGGGUAACAUCAGAACCAGUCCCUUGGAAGGAGAUGAUUAUAGUUUUCUUUUUUCCAUUAUCAUGAUGCUUUUUGAUGCUUUUCUCUAUGGAAUACUUUCUUGGUAUCUCGAUAACGUUUUUCCAGGGGACUAUGGGCUACCACAGCCUUGGUAUUUCCCUGUGCAGAAAUCUUACUGGCUUGGCUCUAGAAACCCACAAGAUGAGAAAACAGCAACUGCAGAAGACAAAAUUCCAGAGUCAGAAGGCUAUGUGUAUCAGAAGACCAUGGAAGAGGAGAAAAAUGAAAGCAGAACAAAUAAAUCUGAAGAACCUGAAAAAACAGAAGAAAAGAAUGACAACCAGGGGAAGAAGGACGGUAAAAACAAACAGUGUAAACACAAACGAGAAAAAGAACCCGGCGAGCAGGGGAAGCCUAAGACAGAUGUCCAGGACAAAGAUGAAAUUAAUAUAAAUACCUUCUUUGAGCCUGAGCCAACAGGAUUGAUUCCAGGAGUAUGCAUUCAGAACCUGGUGAAGAUUUUUGCAAACAGGCCCAAGCCAGCAGUAGACGGGAUGAAUAUUACAUUUUAUGAGGGUCAGAUCACAGCCUUCCUUGGUCACAAUGGAGCAGGAAAGACAACAACCAUGUCGAUACUGACAGGCCUCUUCCCACCAACGUCUGGAACUGUGCUGAUUGGUGGCCUGGAUAUUCAGACUCACAUGGACUCGCUUCGGCACAGAAUAGGCCUGUGCCCCCAGCACAACAUCCUGUUCACUCGCCUUACUGUAGCAGAGCACAUCUUGUUUUAUUCUCAAUUGAAAGGAAGAUCCAGGGAUGAAGCUGAGCAAGAGCUGGAAACAAUGCUAGAAGACACAGGCCUCACCCACAAAAGGAAUGAAGAGGCUCAGAAUUUGUCAGGUGGAAUGCAAAGGAAACUGUCUGUUGCCAUUGCUUUUGUGGGUGAAGCAAAAGUGGUAGUCUUGGAUGAGCCCACUUCUGGAGUUGAUCCAUAUUCCAGGCGAUCUAUCUGGGAUCUUCUCCUGAAGUAUCGCUCAGGUAGAACCAUCAUCCUGUCAACCCACCAUAUGGAUGAGGCAGACAUCCUUGGAGACAGAGUAGCCAUCAUAUCCCAAGGGAAACUCUUCUGCUCAGGCUCUCCUGUAUUCCUAAAAAACUACUUUGGCUCUGGCUUCUAUCUCACCCUGGUUCGCAAGAUGAGAAACACAAGAACUGGAAGGGCUACAUCACUUUGUAGCUGUGGAUCUGGGUGCUCCUGUUCCUGCUCCAGCUGUGUGCACAGGGAUGACGAAGGCUCCGAGCUGGAACUGGAUGGAGAUCUAAAUGAGCUAGCAGAAGUAAUUCAUCAUCAUAUUCCAGAAGCAAAAUUAAUUGAAAACAUUGGUCAGGAACUCAUUUACCUUUUGCCCAAUAAAAACUUUAAACAGCGAUCUUAUGCCAGUCUCUUUAGAGAACUGGAGGAAACACUGGAUGACCUGGGACUCAGCAGUUUUGGAGUUUCAGACACACCACUUGAAGAGGUUUUCCUAAAAGUCACAACAGAAGCUGACCCUGGAAUGCAAAAAACAGGAGACACUCAAGAAAGUGGUUCUACUCUUGGCAAAACACCUACUGAGAACAAACCAGCUGAAAAAACCACGCUGCAAACUAAUGACUCUUCUCGAAUGCCAGGAGGCAAAGCAGGAGAUCAAAACCAAGGCAAAGGGUCCCGACAGUAUAAAGGUUUUCAGCUUGUACAUCAGCAGAUCAAAGCACUGCUCAUCAAACGGUUCCACCGUGCCUCCCGCAGCCACAGGGACUUCCUAGCCCAGGUUGUUCUCCCUUCUAGUUUUGUGUUGCUGUCUCUAAUACUUACAGUCAUUAUUCCUCCAUUUGGAGAAUAUCCCGCCUUAACAUUACACCCUUGGAUCUAUGGACAACAGUUUACUUUCUUCAGCAAUGAACGUCCCGGCAAUGAGCAGAUGGUCUCCCUUACUCAUGCUUUCUUGAAUAAACCAGGAUUUGGAAAUCGCUGCAUGAGGAAUCAGCCUCUUCCGAACUACCCGUGCAAUCACACACCAACUGCCUGGGACACACCUGCUGUUCAUCCCAACCUAAGCAACCUCCUCCUGAGCCAAGAGUGGAGCCCUGAGAAUCCAUCACCUUCCUGCAAGUGCAGCACUCACAAGAAACUCACCAUGCUGCCAGAAUGUCCUGCAGGCGCAGGAGGCCUCCCACCACCACAGAGAGUGCAACGCAGCACAGAAAUUCUUCAAGAUCUGACCCACAGAAAUAUUUCAGAUUUUCUGGUGAAAACAUAUCCCACUUUGAUAAAAGGAAGCUUGAAGAGUAAAUACUGGGUCAAUGAGCAAAGAUAUGGAGGAAUUUCUAUAGGAGGAAAACUUCCAAUGCCUCCCUUCUCUGCAGACCAAGUUGUUGAUUUUUUAAGUGAUCUUGGCCAAAUGAUGAAUGUAACAGGAGGACAAACUUCACUGGCUGCCGCUAAAGAAUUCCCUAAUUUCCUUAAAUACAUGGAAACGGAAGAUAAUAUUAAGGUGUGGUUCAACAAUAAAGGCUGGCAUGCUAUGGUUAGUUUCCUCAACGUAGCCAAUAAUGCCAUCCUUAGAGCUAACCUGCGGACUGGCCAAGCCCCUGAGGAACAUGGGAUCACUGCCAUAAACCAUCCUCUGAACCUCACCAAGGAGCAACUCUCUGAAGUCACUGUACUGACCACUUCAGUGGAUGCUGUUGUUGCCAUCUGUGUGAUUUUUGCCAUGUCCUUUAUACCAGCCAGUUUUGUUUUAUACCUGAUUCAAGAACGUGUAACAAAAGCCAAGCAUCUCCAGUUUGUGAGCGGUGUGAGCCCUGUUAUCUAUUGGCUGACUAACUUCACGUGGGACAUCGUGAAUUACGCACUGAGUGCUGGAAUGGUUGUGGCCAUAUUCACUGGAUUUGACAAGAAAGCCUAUGCUUCUCCGACUAACCUCCCUGUGUUUGUUGCCUUGCUGCUUCUGUAUGGAUGGGCAGUAAUUCCCAUGAUGUACCCUGCUUCGUCUUUCUUCAGUGUCCCUAGCACUGCUUAUGUUGCAUUGUCUUGCAUUAAUCUCUUUGUGGGGAUCAAUAGCAGUGCCAUUACAUUCAUCCUGGAGUUAUUUGAAAAUAACCCGUCUUUGCUGAAGUUUAACAAAACACUGAAAAAUGUGCUGCUUGUCUUCCCACAUUUUUGCCUGGGCCGUGGACUCAUCGACUUGGCCAUGAACCAAGCUGUGACCGAAGUAUAUGCAAGGUUUGGUGAGGAGCAUGUUUCCAAUCCCUUUGAGUGGGACUUUGUUGGAAAGAACCUGGUUGCCAUGGCUGUUCAAGGGGUUGUGUACUUCAUUCUGAAUCUCCUUAUGCAGCACCGUUUGUUCUCCACAAGAUGGUUUGCUGAGACUGCCAUGUCACCUAUUAUUUGUGAAGAUGAGGAUGUUGCAGAAGAAAGGAAAAGAAUUAUGAAUGGAGAAAACAAAACAUAUAUCUUAGAAUUACAAGAAUUAACCAAGAUUUAUGCAGGUCAGCACAAGCCUGCUGUGGACAGACUCUGUGUUGGCAUCCGUCCUGGAGAGUGCUUUGGCCUUUUGGGAGUGAAUGGGGCUGGCAAAACAACAACAUUCAAAAUGCUGACUGGAGAUACUGAUGUGACAUCUGGAGAUGCUAUAGUGGCUGGCAAUAGUAUAUUGACCCACAUUUCUAAUGUCCAUCAAAACAUGGGAUACUGCCCUCAGUUUGAUGCCAUUGAUGACCUGCUCACAGGACGAGAACACCUCUACUUAUAUGCACGUCUGCGGGGGGUUCCAGCAGAUGAAAUCAAGAGGGUGGCUGAGUGGGGCAUCCAGAAGCUGGGCCUUCCCUUGUAUGCAGACCACCUGGCUGGCACCUACAGCGGGGGCAACAAGCGCAAGCUCUCCACUGCCAUUGCGCUGAUCGGCUGCCCACCGCUCGUCCUGCUGGAUGAACCGACUACUGGGAUGGACCCUCAGUCCCGGCGCCUCCUGUGGGACUCUAUUGUUGGUGUGCUGAGAGACGGGCGAGCAGUGGUUCUAACCUCACACAGCAUGGAAGAAUGUGAAGCCCUCUGUACUCGUUUAGCCAUCAUGGUGAAAGGUACCUUCCAAUGCCUAGGCACAAUUCAGGAGCUAAAAUACAAGUUUGGAGACGGCUACAUUGUCACUCUGAAAAUCAAAGCUCCAAAGUCUGGGUUGCCUCCAGAUCCUGCUCCUGCUGAGCAAUUCAUACGCAUGAACUUCCCUGGGAGUUUACAGAGAGAGAAACACUACAACAUGCUGCAGUAUCAGAUUUGCUCCUCCUCUCUGGCGAAGAUUUUUCGGUUAAUAGUCUCCAAUAAGGAAAACUUGCAUAUUGAAGAAUAUUCUGUGUCUCAAACAACUUUAGAUCAGGUUUUUGUGAACUUUGCUAAACAGCAGAUGGAGGAUGAGGAAAUUCCUUUGCAUCCCCGUGCAGCUGGAGCCGGCCGAGAAGCAAAGGUGUCCCCUGCUUUGAAUAAGCAGGCAGUUGCAUAGAUUGUUCUUACAGUCACCAGUGCUUAGGGAGUGCACAGGGCAAAGAUGUGUCGUACCAGAGCAGCACAAGGCUAUAACAGAGGUUCCCACACUCAGUAUUAUACUGAUUUUUUGCACUUUUCUGAGCACUGUGCUCUCGACAACAACAGCCCUAGCAACAGCCAACUUCUACUGCUCUGCCAAGAACACUACCUGACAUGACAGUGUCAAAGGAAAGGCAGGUCCUUGCAAUAGAAUAAAAUCUUCCUCUAACAUAAAGUUGAUUAUAAGAUACGAGAAGAGAAGUCUCAUUCCUUCUAGUUGACAUAUAAAUAACAUCAAAGACAGUUUCUCUGUCUGGUGCUUUCAGGCUGGUAGGUUUUUCUUGUUUAACCCUUAUGUCAGCUGCUACCAGCCAGCAGACAGGUCCCAAGGCAGAGAGCAUUGCCCGGCUUAGAAGGAGAUUCCUGCACGAGACUGCCAA